AGUUGGGAGUCACUGCGGGGCCUCUGCCUUGCCGAGUGUCUCCUCCCCCGUCGCAGGUCGCUGAAGAAGGCUCCUCUGCAGCUGCGGCCCGUUGGCGAGAUUAUGGCCAAGGUGUCGGUGCUGAAUGUGGCUGUGCUGGAGAACCCGAGCCCUUUCCACAGCCCCUUCCGGUUCGAGAUCAGCUUCGAAUGCAGUGAGGCCCUGUCUGAUGACCUGGAAUGGAAGAUCAUUUAUGUGGGCUCAGCUGAGAGCGAGGAGUUUGAUCAGGUCCUAGAUUCAGUGCUGGUGGGCCCUGUCCCUGCAGGAAGACAUAUGUUCAUCUUUCAGGCUGAUGCCCCAAACCCAUCCCUCAUUCCUGAGACAGACGCCGUGGGUGUGACUGUGGUUCUCAUCACCUGCACCUACCAUGGACAGGAGUUCAUCCGUGUGGGCUACUAUGUCAACAAUGAGUACCCAAACCCAGAGCUUCGGGAGAACCCACCCCAAAAGCCAGACUUCUCUCAGUUACAGCGGAACAUCUUGGCCUCUAAUCCCCGGGUGACCCGAUUCCAUAUCAACUGGGACAACAACCCAGACAGGCUGGAGGCCAUAGAGAACCAGGACCCCAACCUGGACUUUGGCCUUCCCCUCAGUUGCACUCCCAUCAAAAGCUUGGGCCUCCCUAGUUGCAUCCCAGGCCUCCUCCCCGAGAACUCCAUGGAUUGCAUCUGACGGGGGUCCAAGCAGGGCUCAGUAGGACCAUGGCAGUCUCCUUGCACACCUGGAGGGGACCUACGGGCCCUCAGACAGUCAUGCUUGGUUAGCUCAAGAUUUUGGGGACAACCAGCUGCCUCCAGACCUAUCAGCCCCAAGGAGAAAAUGGGUCCUGAUCUAUUCCACCCAGGUCCAGGAGACUCAUCUCACUUAUUAUGACCUACAGGCCUCUAAGAAGAAGGUACUUGUACUGCUCAUUCAUUGUGCCAUUUUUUUCUUCUACACUAUCCGUUUCUGUGAGAAGCUCUCUGAACACAACCUGCCUUGAGGCUUGCUUCGGCAGUGCCUGCCUAGCCUUGGCCAGUUCUUGGGGGCUCAGGCUCAGGCAAGGGAUCCUAGUUAGAAGGCCAACUCAGUACCACCACUGUCCACAGGGUGUCUAGGUCAUUCAGUAAAAAACUCCCCAAAGGUGAACUCCCCGGGCCAGGGAGAGAUGGUGGUUCUUUGGUCAUAGCCACCGUCUCAUCUUACUGAGCCUGGCUUUCUGAGAGGACUGACCUAGGUUGGAGGCAUAUUGGUGGGAAGCAUAUUGGAAGUCUUGCUUCAUGCAGUCUGGCCCCAUGGAGUCAUCAGGGUUUGCUUUGACCACAUGUUUUUAUGAGCUACCCGGUACUCUGGGAUAAGGGAGGCAUUUAGCAGGCUGACUUGAAAAACUCCUAUUCCAUCCACCCUACUCUAAGCCUUGCUGCUACGUGUACGCUUUUGUGAUUGCAGUGUGUAUAUUAAAAGUUUUUAUAUUAAAAGUUUGGUUGGUUUAAA